AAUACAGUCUACUUUACAGCUACUCAUGGUCGUGGUGUAGCCUGCGUCAGCUCACCAAUGCCCCUUCAUCGCCAGGAGGAGGCUUCAUCUUCCCCCUCCUAUCCUUCUCUAUCCGACUUACGGCAGCCCACCAGCAAUAGGAGGGUGCGGCACCUUGCUUCGCUACAUCUUCGUAACUUCCGACCUGGCAGCGUUUCCAGCAGCGAUGAUGCUCAGGACCUCUUUGACAUCUCCCUUGGUAUUGAUACGGUGGAAGGAAGAAUCCCUCAAUACCUCACUGAGCCUUCGCAGCCCUGCGUCAAUGCCGAUUGGAACGUCGAUCCGCGUUACUUCGAUACCGGUGAAUCCUCCUCUUCAUCUGGCUGGCCAGAGACAUCCUCACUGGGCGUUUUAGGCCGGCAAUUCUUCAAUAUUAGUGCUUGGGCUCGCAACGCCACACAGGCAGAAGACGGGGAAGCUGCCGGAUGGUCGUUUUGUUGGCAGAGGGCGAUUGAUUUGCGUACCUUGGAGAGAAUACCUACAGGGCUCUCUUCUCCCGUCAUGCGGAGACUUCCUGCCAACUCCCUCAUCCUGGGUCUACGGCCCUCGAUCUGGGGCUCUGCACGCAUUCCUUCCGAGGACAGGACUUUGAAGGCGGUCGCCGGGAAUCUGUUGCAGGACAAUGCGAGCGGGUCAGGCAGCGGCCCCCUUCCAGGCAAAAGCAACGGAAAGAUCACUGGUCGAUCAGUGGAUCCCGUUGAGCUACAUGUCUCCGCACCCGAGCUAGAUUCGUUGACAUACUAUCUCGUACCACAGGCAGUAGUGCGCAAGGCGUCAGGAAAGGCUAGACGAGAGUCACUUACAAGUGGCAUCAAGGAGAGAGACGAAUCUCACGAUGAAGAUGAAGGCGGAGGUUCAGACCCAGAAGUAGGCGGGCUCGGCCGACAGUCGCCAGAUGAGCUGGACAUUGAUGGGGGCUAUGAUUCGGAGACUGCCUUUGAGCUAUCCUCCUCCGCCUCUCCCCGCAAGCCAGGACGACCGAGACUUGAGCAUCGCACUUCGAGCAGUCGAACCGUCAGAGCCCUGAAGAAAGGGAGGCGGAAAAGGACCUCUUCGAUGACUCCUGAAGUACCUGCAAUCACGGACAGUCCUGCCGGAAAAGCAGGCACUAGAGGUUCUUCUGAGCUUGAGAGGAAGGGCUCCGUGUCAAGCAAGAUAUCAGCAGAAGACGAACGGAAGAGGAGGAUACAGUCGUGGCAACUGGAGAGGGAGAGGGAGCAAGAAGUUCUAGAACGUAGCAAGAGAGAAACGCGGAUGCUCAAGAGCUACAGGCGAGACGACCUUUACAAGGUUCUGCAAUUGCUACUGCAAGAUGCCGACGAGAGCUCAUCUCUGGCCAGGGAACGGGAGGCGUAUGGCCGUCUGCUAACAGCCACGUCUGGGGUGCCUGCUCUCACCCGGAGAGCGUUUGCCAUUCGCGGCAAACUCUCAGCAAUAGAGCAUACCCUCAGCACACAGAACGACAGUAUCCGACAAUUGCGAAGCACUAUUGCAGAGAAGAGGGACGCAUUCGCGCGUAGACGAGCUCGACUGGACUUUGUCAAGCGGCAGCUGCAGAGUGACACUGCAAAAGUGCAGGCUAGCCAAGAGGAGCCUGAUCAUCUAAGACGUAGUAUAGCAAGACAAGGUGUCCUGACCCACAACCGCCGCACCCAGCUCCUCGAGACACUUUCGGAGAUCUACCCAAUCAGGCUCAUCUCCCCUUCCGACCUCCUUUUAUCGAUUUGCGACAUACCCCUUCCCAAUUCGCCGGCCCUUGCUUUGGUCGAGUCCCGCAGCAGAGUCGAUGAAGAAGGCAUUGCUGCUGCCCUGGGCUUGACGGCGCAGCUGGUUCUCCUGCUGAGCUCUUACCUCGAUACCAGUGUCCAUUAUGAGAUUGCUGCUGCUGGCAGCAGGGCCAUGAUUCGGGACGGGAUCAGCUUGAUGAAUGGUCCUCGAGGCUUUCCGCUUUACUCCAAAGGAGCUGAGCCUUACCGCUUCGAGUACGCAGUGUUUCUUCUUAACAAGAACAUAGAGCAGCUGAUGAAUGUGCAUAACCUCCCUGUGCUGGACCUGCGACAUACUUUGCCCAACCUCAACAACCUGAUGCUGACCUUGAGCUCUCCCAUCACUCUGGGAGAAACAUCAACUAGCGGCCCUGCUGCGCCCACUCAUCGUUCCACGUCGACGACAAUACCGACGACUGGCGCCAGGAUCGUCUCGCAGCCCUUGACGUCGGUGCGGCGUGGCUACCGCACUAUGGGCAAAGGGGAAAUCGUCUUGCCCACUUUGCCAGCAGCUGUCACAGGGAAGGACAGCGGUCUGAAUGGCGUCAGUGGCGGGACGGAGAGCAAAGUCCUCGCCUCUACCAAUGGUCAUAGUCAUGGUCACGAUGCAGCCAAAGACACACCAGCAGCCCUACAUGCCGGUAGCGGCAGCGAGAUGGGCAGGUCGGCAGCGGCUUCCUGGACCGCGUCGUUGCUUGGGUGGAGCGGCGGCAAGGGCGGAAGCGGAGGCGCAGGCGUAGGCGCAGAUGGGUACGCACAGAGAGCAGGAGCAUCAGCGCAGCAUGGCAAGGGGGCGGAUGAGACGACGAAGAGGAGAGUCACCAGUGAUGGUACAGCUGCGAGCGCGGAUGGUUGACGAAGAUUGUAAUAUUGCAUGGAGAUAGCAGUACCCACGAAGGUGGUUGAUGAGGCAUAUCGAGCAGCAGCGGGCGACUCUGGCUGUGCGUGUCACUUUGGCUGGACUGGCAGAAAUGCAUGGACCACAUCCUUGGA